AUGUUGAUCAAUACCGCAAGUCCUACGGUCAGUGCUAUGGGUUUAUCACUACCAAGUGUUUCAUCUGAGGAAGACGAUAUUGGAAAUCAUGCAAUUAAAAAACGCAUACGUGACUAUGAGUCGGAAUCAGAAUCUCCAUUGGCUAAGAAAUUGGCAUCGAACCAGUUGUUUUUAAACGAUGUUUUAAAUUUGGAAUCGAUGUCUCUCUCAUCUAGCUCAAGUUCGAAUGUUCGAGAUCAAUCAUCUAUUUGUUCAAAUCAUAGCAUUGAUACGGAUUCAGAUCAAUUAUUAGUUUUACCUGGUUUUAAAAACAACAUUUUUGAAUUCAAAAUGCAGAUUCAAACACCAAGCUGUGAAAAGGAGCUUUCAGUAUUGCAAGAUGGAGUUUCAAAUGAUAUUGAUCCAAAACCGAUAUCACUCUCUAAUAUUAUUGUGCCAGAAGAAUCUUCCACAACAAAAAGUAAUUCUGAUAUAAAAACAAGAAGCAACUCACUUCCAGUUCAGUUACCAGCUGCAGCGCAUCUUAACAAUACAACGUGUAUCUGGCCUAUAGGGAUUUCAUACCAACCUGAUUUCGUCGAAUAUGUGGCUACUGAUGCUGAAAUGAAUGAUUUUUGGAAUACUUUAAAAGACACAUUUUAA